AUGUCAUUUCCUCAAAUCCCUUCAUCGUCUGCCUCACCAAUACAAACCAUUUUUGCUCAGCAAGGCUCAUUUCAUUCCCAACAACAACAACCACCUCAAGGAACUCAGCCAAUUUUCUCUGGUCAGCAAGCCGUGAUGAUCAAUGGAAUCCCAUCAGCAACAACACACAUAACCACACCCUCGGUGAAUCCCAACAUGAUGAUUCCGUUCAGUUCAAUACUACCACCACCACCUCCAUCCAGUACAAUGCAAAUAUCUGCCAUUGAAUUUUGUGAUAGGAUGAAAUAUGAGUAUCAGUUCUUGAACACCCAAAUGAGCCUGAUGAAGGUAGAAAAUGAAAAAUUAAAGUUUGAGAAGGAGGAAAUGUUGGAUCAAUCUAAGAAGUAUUUUGAAAUGGCCUAUCUUCUCAAUGUCAAUAAUCACAAGCUUUCAGAAAUGAACUCACGUUUGAAUAACCUUCUCAACAAAUUGUUGCAAGAGCUUCCCGAAGAGAAGGUGCAAUCAUACAAGACUGAAGUGAGUCAAAUCUGUAAAGUCACUGUUGCCGACAUUGAAAAAAGAAUCAGGCUCAAACAACGAAGUAUUUCGUGUGGUGAAGGGUUGCUUGUUGCGGAGACGUCACUUCCAUUCAACAACAACAUCACGAUGGAAAACAAGACAGGCAACAACAGUAACACAGACACAGUGCAACCUUCUCAUCCCGUUCCUGUUCAUGUUGUUGCAUCUUCGUCAAGCAAUACCAAGAGCGGUGUUGACACUCCUAGAACAGCAAUGUUACUUUCCUCGCCUUCUAAAAUGAUUCUGACCCCGCCAGCCUCCAGCAAUACUCCUGCUGGAGUCAAUACAUGUUCCAAGCUGUUGAGCACACACUCAUCCUAUGAGACUGAACAUGCUGUAUCAUCGAUUGCCUUAAACCACAAUGCACAAAGGCUCUACGUGGGCGGGAAAGGCUGUAUUAAGGUAUUGCCAAUCCAGCCAAUGAUGAUAGAUCAUGUGUUCAACCAUAAUACUCCAAUGAUAUCGUCCGUAGCUGUUUCCUCUUCCUCUACAACCUCCAAUAUUUCUGACAUGAUGAAUGUUGAAUCUCUUCCAUUUUCAGAGAAUGCAUUUGUGCGAGCAUUAAAAAUCACUCGAGACGAAAGAACCUUGUAUGCAUGUGGAGAAACUAAUCAAGGAAUACAAUGUUACGACUUAGAAAGACUAAAAAAGAAACUCGUCCUUCAGACCUCUGAGAGCUCACUCUCCUAUGCGAUGUGUCUCAUGGAAUCUAGUAAGGCAACUGAGCAAACUACUGGUAAUAAUAACCUUCUGUUCACAAGUCUCUCUAACGGUGCAGUUGCCAUGUGGGACUUAAGGUCCAAUCAUCAGCUUGUAAGACUCUUUGAAGGUCACAAAGCACCUUGCACAUCAUUGGAGAUUUACAAUGCCUCAUCAUCUUCUGCAUGCUUACUUAGUGCAGGAUUGGAUAAAACAUUUAAAUUAUGGGAUAUUAAUUCAGGGAGUGUUAUUCAAGAGUAUGGCUCAGACUCUCGAAUCUUGACCAUGUGUUGCUCGCCAACAAGCUGUGGAGAGUAUGUGGUCUUGGGCUUAGAAAAUGGUUCCUUGGAAAUUCUUUCUCUCAGUUCGAUGCCGUUGAGACAGCAAGCCGUUCUCUACAAACAUUCAGACAGUGUUCUAUGCAGCAAAUUCUCACCCACAGGAAAUUACUUUGUGGCAGGUGGAAAGGACUGCAUGCUUUCUGUGAACAAAAUUGGUUCUACAUCAACAAGUUCCAUGCUUCCAUCAGAGAAACACUUCAACUCUGUACUCUGUUGUGACAUUCAAACGCUCUCACAGAGUGAACAAAACAAUCAAGUAGAUGUCAUUGCAGUCGGAACCUGGGACAAGAAAGUGUAUCUCUAUAAUUUGAAACCCUCUUCCAUGACGACACAAUGUUAA